GGGAUGACACCCCAGGAAAAAGAAUAUAAAAAACCCACGUUUAUUUGCCCACGGAAAAUAUAAAAGAAAACCAAUAGUCCAUCACAACUACAACCAAUGGCUUUCUCCUGUCUUUCCCCUCUUCCUCUCUCCCUCUUUCUUCUCCUCCUUCUCCACCAACCUUUCUUCUCCACAGCCAAUCUCCACAAAACCAGUCUCCUCAGAGCAGAGUUUCUUUCCCACAGCACACCCAUCAAGGAUACCCCUCCGACUCGCUUCUUUGAAGUAACCAAGCCCAUCGAACUCCCCAAAUCCAAGCCUUGCUCUUACCUCGUCCUCCAACAUGAUUUUGGCUACACUUAUGGCAAACCCCCGGUUCUUGCAAACUAUACCCCUCCCUCACACUGCCCAUCUGAAAAAUUCUCCAAGAUUGUCUUUGAAUGGAAUGCAACAUGUAAAGGCCGGCAAUUCGACCGCAUCUUCGGCGUUUGGCUCGGUGGGGUCGAGCUUCUUCGUAGCUGCACGGCAGAGCCGAGGGCUACCGGGAUUGUUUGGAGUGUUGAGAAGGACAUUACUAGGUAUUAUUCGCUGCUUAUGAAGAAUCAAACACUUGCUGUUUAUCUUGGUAAUCUGGUUGAUAAUACUUAUACUGGGGUGUACCAUGUGAAUAUAACCAUUCGUUUUUAUCCUGCUGAAAAGAAGUUCAAUAGUUACGGGUCGAACUCCGAUAGCUCUGUGUCCGAGUAUCAUUCCCCGGCCGAUUUGAUCUUGCCCUUUUCGCGAGACCUGCCGUUGAAUGAUGGGCUGUGGUUUGAGGUUGAGAAUUCCACGGAUAUUGCGUUGAAGAAAUUCAACAUUCCUCGAAAUGCUUAUAGGGCUGUGUUGGAGGUCUAUGUUUCAUUUCAUGAAAAUGAUGAAUUUUGGUAUUCGAAUCCUCCGAACGAGUACAUUGAGGCCAAUAAUCUUACUGGUACGCCCGGAAAUGGACCUUUCAGGGAGGUUGUGGUUAGUCUUGAUGGUGAGGUUGUUGGUGCAAUUUGGCCUUUUACUGUGAUUUAUACCGGAGGGAUCAAUCCUCUCUUGUGGAGACCCAUUACUGGCAUUGGAUCGUUCAAUCUCCCAUCUUAUAAUAUUGAAAUCACGCCAUUUUUAGGGAAGAUAUUGGAUGGAGAGGUCCAUGAGUUCGGAUUUAGUGUAUCAAAUGCCUUGAAUGUUUGGUACAUAGAUGCAAAUUUGCAUCUUUGGUUGGACAGCAAGAGCACAAAAGUAACAGGGGAGCUUUUAAAGCACAAUAGCUUGCCUCUUGUUUUUUCCAUGGAAUCUGAUUUUAAGGGUUUAAAUGGAACGUUUUUUACUAGUGUAAGCAGGUCCAUAUCAUCAAGUGGAUGGGUCAAGUCUUCCCAUGGGACUUUCACAACCAACUGGAUUCAAAACCUAAGUUACAGUAAUUCAAUGGUGAUGGGGAACAAUGGGAAUUUGCAGCUUGUGAAUCAAACCACCCAUUUCAACGACAGUGUCCAUGCAAAGAUGCCAUCCUCUUCUGUUUACUCAUCGGAAUCGCACAAAAAAUUUACCCUUUAUUUAUACUCCAACUACUUGGAUCAAGGAAAUGGAACUUCUUUUUCUCUUGCAAAUAUCACAUUGGGAUUUAAUGAGAAGAAGUCCGAGGCUGUUGGCUCUGAUUUAUCAAAGAGCUCUCUCGAAAAUGUGCAGAAUGGGCAGGGCUAUAUUGCUGUAAAGAACCACUUGGUUUUCAGAGGAUUGGGCAGUACACAACAAGUGUACAAAUAUGAUGGCAACAAUUUCUGUUACUUCAGAAAUGUGAGCAGCUCGAACUAUACCAUUCUGUACGAUAAAGUGGGAAACACGUGCAAAGGAAGAACAAAGUCUCAUUUAAAUUUUGGUUUAAGCAGCCGGCAGCCUUUCCGUGCACGAAGGCCUUUUCUAGCACCCAGUUUUCUUGAUAACAGUAAAGGAACUUAGAUUGUUCGUCUUGGUUGAUUCUGCAAUUUGCUCCAUAAAAUAACUCCUUUUAUAUGAUAUUCCUGGGAAUUCCUGCUACCGGUACCACAAAUGAAAUGGUGCUCAAGGGGAUCCGCACGUAUACUUGUUUCAUAUGAGAUUUACCAUAUAUAGCCAGUAUGCUUUCAGAACUUCUAUGUUCUUGUAAUAGGCGAGUUGUUCAGUUGACACGGUUUUGACAGAGAGAUAAGAAAACCUCUCUCACUCUCGUCCGAAGGUUUCUCAGAAAUGGGCUUCUCUUCCCCAACCAGUAUGGUCUGCUCUUCUCUGGGAUGGAAAUCUUCAAGCUUGUUUGUUCACUUGGGGUUAAACUCUAGCUCUCCCAGUGGAGCUCUCUUUUCUCCCAGAAGAAAAUGCCCAACUAACAAGUUCCGUGUAGCAUGCUCUUCUUCUCCUGGCUGACUAUACAUGCGGGGACAACCAUCACAUCUUACUUAUAUUUCCAGAUCCGCUCUUGGUUAAGGCUGCAAGAGGAGAUCCUGUAAGUCGGCCUCCAGCAUGGAUGAUGCGCCAGGCUGGAAGGUAUAUGGCUGUUUAUAGAAAGCUUGCAGAGAGGUAUCCAUCCUUCAGAGAGAGAAGAAAUAAGGGGUCCUGUUAUCCAGUCACCGAUUCGUUCUGAAGAGGCACUGAAGGCUUUGCAUCCUAUUGACUUGGAGAAACUUCAUUUUGUUGGAGAAUCCCUUAGGAUAUUACGACGGGAGGUUGGUGGACAUGCUGCUGUUUUAGGUUUUGUAGGAGCACCUUGGACAAUAGCUACUUAUAUAGUGGAAGGGGGUACAACACGCGCAUAUACAAACAUAAAAACCAUGUGCCACACUGCCCCACAUGUAUUGAGGUCUCUUCUUUCUCAUCUGACACGGGCAAUAUCAGACUACAUUAUUUUCCAAGUAGAGUCUGGGGCACAUUGCAUACAAAUUUUUGACUCAUGGGGUGGACAACUACCGCCUUAUAUGUGGGAACGCUGGUCAAGGCCUUAUAUUGAAGAGAUUGUAAGUGAAGUAAAGAAUAAAUGUCCUCAAACACCACUUGUUCUUUACAUUAACGGAAAUGGUGGUCUUCUUGAGCGCCUUAAAGGAACUGGCGUUGAUGUAAUUGGGCUUGACUGGACAGUGGAUAUGGAAGAUGGAAGGAAACGAUUGGGUAGGGAGAUCAGUGUACAGGGCAAUGUUGACCCUGCUUGCUUAUUUUCUCCUCUUCCUGCUCUGACUGAAGAAAUUCAAAGGGUUGUGAGUCGUGCAGGUCAAAGGGGACACAUUCUUAAUUUAGGACAUGGUGUUCUUGUGGGGACGCCUGAGGAAGCCGUUGCGCAUUUUUUUGAGGUUGCAAGAAGCUUGAACUUCGAUACUCUUUCUCGAGAUCAGGAAGUGGAGGAUACCAAAUUGGUAGUCUGAGGAUAGUGGUAAUUAAGAACAGGCCAACUAUUUUGUUUUAUCAAUUGGAUUUUUGAUGAUCACAGCUUGUUCUUUCCGAAUGCAUGCAUGCUUUAUCUCAGUUUAGCUUGGUAGAUGAGAGCUUGCUUUAAGAGGUUCUGUACAUUCUUGCGGAGCUAAUUAGUUAAGAGUUUGUUGUUGUAUCUGUUAUGUAUGAUUCUUGGGUUGAUUUAAUAAAUCUCUAUUUCCUUUUU